AUGAACUCCUUGUAUGAGCUGGACCCCAAGUUCCGAGAACUGCUAACACUAGAUAACUUUCUUGGCGGUCUUACAGUCCAUGAGUUCGUGCACAAAAUCAGCAAUGAAAACUCCUUGAAGGAUAGAGCUGCGCACGCUGGUUCAUGGGAAAACGUUGACCCUAAGCCCUAUAUUAGAACUUUUGAGUCUACUGUAAAGGAACUGAAAAGGUUAAGUGCCGAUGCUGACAGUCGAAAGGGCCAAUUAGAGCAGGAAGUGGCUAAAUACGAGCUGCUGCAUUCCCAGCAAGUAUUACAACUUUCAGGGAACCUCAGGUCUAUUGUUAAGGAUACAGGAGAUCUUGAUUCCAAACUGACAGACGUUACACAGGUUGUGUCGCCCUUGGGUGAAAAGCUUGAGAAAGCUAUCAAGCGCAAGAACAUGUAUAUCAAAUCAGUGGAAUUGAUCUCUCAUUACUCCUCAUUCUAUUCCCAAGGCUCCUCCGAAAACUUGGAAAAGCUUCGAGUAUCUGAGAAUUGGAAUCCAAGGGCUCGAGCUGCAAUAUUGGUCAAAAACCUUUUGGCCUUAGCAAGAAAGGUAGAGACUAAGUCGUUGCCCAAGACGUUAACUACAACAGCUGCAAUCGAGAAGUACUCCGAAAACAUGGAGAACGAAUUGCUUGCAGAGUUCAAUUCUGCAUAUCGUGAAAGUAACUUUGAUCAAUUGAAUGAAAUCGCGAUAAUACUCAAUCACUACAAUAAUGGUCUCAAUGUUAUCCAAAGUUUUAUAAACCAACAUGAGUAUUUUGUGGAUACUGGUGAGGAAGAACCGCUGUUUGACGAGUCUUUUAAGAGCAAAAUCACAGAUAUGAACUACCAUGGAAUCUGUUACGAUAAAUCGAUGGUCACAACGUUGGACGAAAUAGAAUCAUUAAUCAAAAACGAAUCAAAGAUAGUGAAGAAAGUUUUCGAAAACCGUAGCGCGUUUGUGUUGCAGCUGUUUAUCCAGCGGAUAUUUGCACAAAAAAUCGAACCGAGGGUUGGCGACCUAUUAAAUGCAUCGCUAUCCCUUUCCAACCUAGCCUUUGUGAGAAUGCUCUAUGCCUUGCACUCGCUAAUUGGUCAGUUUGUGAAAGAUUUGACAGAAUUUUUCCAAUUUCUAAGUUUGGAUACUGAGGGUGACUUGGUACCAACUCUUGAGCGCUGCUUCUCUGACCUUUUCGCGAAAAUCAUAUACGACAGGUCGAAAUACUUUGACUUGGAAAAGCGCAGUCUAGAGACCGCCCUGUCGCUAAAAACCUCCACGUUCUCAAUCGCACAUGAUAAAGAAAUCUUCGCAAGAGCCUUGAGUAACAAACUCGUAAAUGGGGCGACGUUUUCACAGGAUAUUGACCUUCAAGACUACAAUGCAUCUUCGAACAGCAAACUUUCUCAAAUCAACAAUUUCCUCAAAAGUCAUUUAGAGCGAGACAAGAGGCCGACAUACUCUGAUGCACCAUUUCAAAACCUUACUGAGGGGGGCAACGCUAAUGACUCUAUGCGCGGGGCGACAGCCACUGAUUUUUCGCUUCAAAGUAUUGAUAGCAUGCUCAAGUGCGCUAUCGAGUCUAUUGCGCGGGUAAUGGAACUGGUGCCAAGUAAGGCCAAUGAAUAUACAUUUGAAAUUGUGGAGACUGUUUUGAUGGGCACCAUAGGUUCUUACGUUGAGGCCGGCCUAGAAGUUGCAUACACAGAAAUGGCCGAGCAAGAUAUAUCAAAAUGUGCCGAUGUGAAUUUAUCGUACUUAGAAUACGUUUCGAAAGCUUCUGAAAUGCUAAGUCUCAUAUCCGCGUCAGUUAAAACAGUUGUUCUGCCGCUCUUUGUAAACGCUCCUGAUGUUAAGAAAGGGAUCAUAAGUUUGGCAAACCACUACAUCAAAAAGUGUGAACUUCUUAUAAACAUCAUGAUAGAAGAGACGAUACAUGGAUACACACAGAGAUUUGCAUUUUCUCUCUCGAAGCAAAAAAAGAAGGACUUCUUGCCAAAAGGUCAAGAUAUAUUGGAUCAGGAUACCCUUCCUGCUUCAGAAAUAGUGAAGGAUUUACACAGUCUUUACUCUCAGAUUAGCCUUUACCUGAAGAAUGAAAAUCUCAAAUCGUUCUUAAGGCAGGUUGGCAAUACUCUUUAUCGGUUCCUUCUUGAACAUUACAAAAAAUUUCAGGUGAGUUCGGUGGGCGGUAUCAUUGUGACAAAAGAUAUCAUUGGUAUCCAGACGGCAGUUGAAGAAUGGUCGGUAGAGGAAAUACUAGGCGACUUCACAACUUUAAGGGAGCUCGCUAAUUUGUUUACCGUGCAGCCGGAGGAAUUGAGCUCCUUGACUAGUGAAGGGCGCCUUGCGUUAGUGGAUCGUUCCACAAUAUCAGCAUAUAUCGCGAAGCGCGAGGAUUUCAAUCAGGAGAGUUUUGUUAGCAAGUUUAAAAUGCACUUAGGUUAA